AGUAAAGAUGAUUCCAUGACAAACAUUCUUUCCCAGGAUCCAACUUUUACCAUCCUUAACACUCUUGGGCUCCAACACCUUUACCCCUCGGACUUCUCUGAAGAGGCAUUGAGGGAGGUUCACUGCCACUCUGAAGGGGAGUAUGAGCCUUUCAACAAGGAGAAGCUGCAACCCCUCCAUCUUAACAUUGAGAAGUAUGCCUCUAAAGGGGUUGGAGCCCCAAGGGGGCCUAGGAAGAAGAGGAACUACCCUCCAAGUAAUAUCCUCACCCGAAGCCAGAGAAUUGGCGUUGGCGUUUCUCCUCUUGUUUAUAAAUGAAGCUGUUAUUCUGGAACAUUCGUGGGAUUACCUCCUCCCUUCACAGGCUUAAAUCCCUUAUCAAAACCCACUCUGUCCCCUUUCUUUAUGUCCUUGAAUCGUUGGUUAAUUGUAAUAAACUUCAGUUCUAUAUGCUCUCUCUAGGUUUCUCCCAUUGCUUGGCUAACCCUAAUAACAAGAUCUGGAUUUUCUGGCGUGAUGAUAUCCUUCACCUCCUUGGUCACUCCAGUAACUCCCAAUCCACCUCGUGCAGAGUACUUCAUAAGGAAUUCAAUAAAAUCUUUAACAUCACGGCUGUUUAUGGAAAACACUCUAUCCUUGAGCGUCAAGAGCUGUGGCAUUCCCUUUCAGAAUCUCGUCCUUCAAAUGAGGCUUGGCUAGUAGGGGGGACUUCAAUGCUAUCCUUUCCCUUGAUGAACACAAAGGCAACUCCUCUCCAUCCCUUAAAAGUAUGGAAGACUUUCAAGAAUGUCUUUCCAGUAAUUCCCUCACGAGCAUCCAACCUGUUAAGGGCUGGUUCACUUGGAGUGGGAAUAGAGGGCAAGGGCGGCUUUGGAGAAGGCUGGACAGGGUGCUGGCUAACAUUGAUUGCCUUAAUUUUUUUUGCAGGUCUUAAAUGCUUCCACCUUUGUAAGGCACGAUCAGAUCAUAACCCCUUGUUGCUGGAAUGUAUUCUGGACACUCCAAGUUCCCCUAAAGGUUUCAAAGUCCUAAAUGUUUGGUUCUCAAACCCCUCAUUUCUCACAGCUAUUUCUCAAUCUUGGAACUCUACUGGUACAUGUGGAGGUAUGAGAGGCUUCAGCAACAAGCUGAAGGAGCUCAAAUCAGCUAUUCGAAAGUGGAACAAGGAUACCUUUGGUGACAUUUUUCAAAACCUUAAAAAAGCAGAGGAGGAAGCAAUCACUGCUGAACUCUCUUAUGAUUCCAACCCUAUUGAGUCCAAUAGGGAAGCCUGGUCACAAGCUAUGGCUAACCUCCUGCUGGCAACUAAAAAAGAGACAGAUUUCUGGAAGCAGAAGGCACAAGUAAGGUGGAUGGAAAAAGGUGAUAGCAACUCCAAAUUUUUCCAUUCCUUUGUAAAGGGCAGGAGGGCGAAACUCACUAUAUCCCAAAUCAAAACCAGAUUAGGCCAUACGCUGAAGGACGCUCCAAGCAUUAAGGCUGAAGCUGUGAGUUUUUUCUCUCAAACCUUCUCCCACGCCAACAUUAAUGAUCCUCAGGAGAUAUUAAAGUUUCUCCCCCAAGUAAUUAGUGAGGAAGAUAAUACCUUCAUUACGCGCCUUCCCUCCAUGGAAGAAGUAAAACAUGCAGUUUGGGAACUUGACCCACACAGCACGUGUGGCCCGGAUGGUUUUAAUGGAGAGUUCUUUCGCAAGACCUGGCAUAUCUUGGGGAAGGACCUCCUCCUUGCCGCGCAGGAGUUCUUCCUGGGAAUUCCCCCUCCUACUGCCUUUGGGGCUACCACCUUAGCCCUUGUUCCCAAAAUCCCUAACCCCCAAUGUUUCAAUGAUUUUUGGCCAAUCUCCCUCUCCACUUUCAUGAGUAAAGUCCUUAGCAAGCUCCUUGCAAUCAGACUCAAAUCCUUCCUUCCCAAACUCAUCUCCAUGGAGCAAGGGGCCUUUCAAGAAGGGAAGGAUAUAGCUGACCAGAUUCUUAUCACCGGAGAGCUCCAUCAUUCCCUUGACAGGAAAGUUAAUGGGGGGAAUAUCAUCAUCAAGGUGGACAUGGCUAAGGCAUUUGAUAGGCUCAGUUGGGAGUACCUUCAGGGUGUCCUUUCAGCCUUUGGUUUCUCCUCUCAUGCUAUCAAGAUCCUCGUAGCAAAUCUGAAGUCCACCCACUUCUCAAUCCUCAUCAAUGGCGAACCCACUGGAUUUUUCAAAAUGGAAAGGGGCAUCAAACAAGGUGAUCCUCUUUCACCAAUUUUAUACAUCCUGGGGGUAGAAGGUCUAAGCCGAUCACUUAACCACCAUGUUAACUCCGGCUUCAUCACACCCUUCAAUGCAGGCAGAUGUCCCAAGAUUAACCACUUAGCCUUUGCUGAUGACUUGAUCCUUUUUACCAAUGGGCACUUCAGAAAUCUCCUAAGAAUCAAAGGUAUCCUUGAAUCCUACCUUGCAGCCUCGAGUCAAGCAAUAAAUUUUGAUAAGAGCAAAUUCUACAGCCCUACCAGGACACCUUCAGCGUCACUUUGUGCAAUGGAAAGGGCCUUGAAUAUGAAGCCAGGACCCAAACCCUUUACUUACCUUGGGGCACCCAUUUGUAGAGGAAAGUUGAAAAAGGAACAUUGUAGUCCCCUGAUUAAUCACUUUGACAAAUUCAUUUCUUCCUGGUACAGCAAAGCCCUCAACCCCAUCGGUAGGCUUAUCCUCAUUAAACAUGUUUUGUCUUCCAUUCCUUUACACUUAAUGGCUGUUCACUCUCUCCCCCUUGAGGUGAUCAAACUUCUCCACAAAAAGAUGGCCAGCUUCCUCUAAGGAGUCAAAGAAGGCAUACAAAAACACCAUUGGAUCAAAUGGGACAAGGUUUGCCUUCCUACAGACCAAGGCGGGUUGGGGAUUAGGGGUCUUCACAAUAUCCAGCAAGCUUACUCCCUUAAGUUGUGGUGGAAAAUCCAACACGAUGACAGCCUAUGGACUAAGCUAAUGAGAGCCAAAUACUCUACUCACCCCAAUACCAUCAAAGAGAAAAUCACAGACUCUCCGGUCUGGAAAAGGAUUGCACAGAUUCAUCCACAUGCUUUAGGAAUCCAAGUCACUGGAUCUGCUAUCAUGAACUUGGGCCAGCUCUCUAUCAAAAGUGCCUACUCUACCUUCAUCCAACCCUCCCCCUUACCUCUCUCAUGCAAGUUCAUCUGGCACAAGCUUCAUGUAACAUUCGCCUUCCGUGGACCCGGUUCACCCGCGACCCAACAGACCGGUAGGGUUACAUGGACAGUCCGAGAACCAUCCGUUACGAAAACAUCAAUGAUUAUUUAAUAAGAAAACGGUUGGGUUUUAAUUAGAGGAAUAAAUGCCAGGGAGUUACUCCCAAAACGUGUGUAAUGAAAGUGCAGAGUUCUA